GUGCCCAUAAAUGAUGGCCUAAAAAAGUCGGGCUCAGCCAAAGUUAGUUAUUAAACGGUGGGUGUUUCCGUCAUUUCCUCGAAAGCAAGGCGCGUCAAAACCAAAACGGGACACGUGUCAUAAGUAAGUGCCUUGUUUCCGCCGUUGUAAUCCACAUCACUAACUUCAAAAACGCCACGUGUUUUCCCGGUUAACCUGUAGCCCACCGGUGACCGGUCACCCCACACCUGUAUCAUCAAAUCAAAUCAUCAGAUCGUAUAUAUACGAGAAGAAGCACACACGUCACAAAUUUUUCGUCCACGAAGAGAACAAAAAAAAAAAAGCACGCAACUUUGAAAUUAAGAGAAAGAAUCAAAGUAGUAUUUUAUGUGAAGAACAGAAGAAGAUGGUGGCUGAAGCAGAGAUUUUGUUUAAACAGGGUUUGCCUGUUGUUCUCGAUGUCAAAUUGUUCGGAGCACCAACCGGGGUUCAAGACAUUGACGGUGUCUCCACCGUGAAAUCACCAGUUUCCUCGCCGAUUCUAGGUAUCCGUCGCCCGGCGGCGUCGGUCUCCGCCGACUUAUCGACUUCUCUUUCUGAUUUAAAAUGUGGUGACUCAGUUCUGGAUGAUGAUGAUGAUGAAGAUAGCAGUUCUAGUGUCUCUUUUUAUGCUCCUGUUAUCCGCUCCGGGAGCUAUGCUGAUAUUGGGCCUAGGAGAUUCAUGGAAGACGAACACAUUUGCAUAGACGAUCUUUCUUCUAGAGUUGGUUCUCUUUAUGAAUUGCCAAAGCCUAGUGCUUUCUAUGCGGUUUUUGACGGCCAUGGAGGACCAGAAGCAGCAGCUUAUGUAAGAAAAAACGCCAUUAGACUAUUCUUUGAAGACCAUAAGUUCCCACAAACAUCGGAAGUGAAUAGUUUUUAUGUCGAACAAGUCAAGAGAUCUUUGAGGAAUGCGUUUCUUCAGGCUGAUCUUGAUUUAGCUGAGGACCGUAGCAUUGGCUCCUCUUCUGGUACCACGGCUCUUGCCGCCCUUAUUUUCGGAAGACAACUGAUGGUGGCAAAUGCUGGAGAUUGCAGAGCAGUUCUCUGUAGGAACGGUGAAGCUAUAGACAUGUCUCAAGACCACAGACCAAUCUACUUACCGGAAAGAAGAAGAGUGGAAGCAUGUGGUGGUUUCAUCGAUGACGGUUACUUAAACGGCAUUUUGUCGGUCACUCGAGCUCUUGGUGAUUGGGACAUGAAGCUACCACAAGGCUCACAAUCUCCACUGAUCGCAGAGCCAGAGAUCAAACAGAUAAAUCUAACAGAAGAAGAUGAGUUUCUGAUAAUCGGAUGCGACGGGGUUUGGGAUGUUUUGACAAGCCAAGAAGCCGUUAGUAUUGUCCGAAGGGGAUUAAGACGUCACGAUGAUCCAAUGAGAUGUGCUAGAGAACUUGUGAUGGAGGCUUUAAGGCUAAACACGUUUGAUAACUUAACUGUUGUUGUCGUUUGUUUAUCCUCGGUCCAUGAUGUGGCGGCAUCUGCCACGGCUAUAGAGAAGCAACGGUGUUGUAGUUUGACGGCGGAGGCGUUUCAUAGCUUGAGGAGCUUACUGGAAGGUUGAACAAAACAGUUGGAAAAUAUGAUGAUGAUGAUGACGACGCCUUUUGUUUGUUUCUCGGCUGAUUACGUAUUUGAAUCAGCUGAGAGUUUUAUGUGUUUUGUACAUAUACACAAAAUGUAUGUAACCUUAAUUAUAUAACGGCUCGCAUAAUUUUUGUCUAAGCGGUUACUUGUUUCUGUUGUACUCAUCGAUUUAUAAAGUUUAUGAUGACAAAUCGAAUUUGGAUGUUUA